GUUGAAGACUGGAUGGAGGUCAGAGAACCUCAGUCUGGUUUAAACUCUGUCAGCAAUUCAAGACGUAAAGCUGAAGAGAAACCAUUUAGCUGCUCAGAGUGUGGGAAAGGAUUUAGUAUCAAGUGGCAUCUGAAGAGACAUAUGAUGAUUCACACACGAGAAAAAACGUUCAGCUGCUCUUUCUGCGGUAAGGCUUUUAGCGAGCGGUCAAAACUGAAGCUCCACCUUAUCACUCACACAGGAAAGAAACCAUUUGGUUGCUCAGUUUGUGGUAAAACAUUCAGUGAGAGUGGGAACCUGACGGUCCACAUGGGAACUCACACGGGAAAGAAAACGUUCAAAUGCGCCGUCUGUGAAAAACGAUUUCUUUGCAAGGCGUAUCUGCUGCGACACAUGACAGUUCACACGGGGGAGAAACCCUUCAGCUGCUCAGUGUGUGCUAAAAAAUUUUUGUGCAGGUCACACCUGAAGAGACACAUGACGGUUCACACAGGAGAAAAACCGUUUAGUUGCUCCUUGUGCGGUAAGGCAUUUAGUGAAAGAGGGAAACUGACGCUCCACAUGAAAACCCACACAGGAGAUGAACCGUUCAGGUGCUUGGUGUGCGACAAAAAAUUUUUGUGUAAGGCGUAUCUGGAAAGACAUAUGAGAACUCACACAGGAGAGAAACCGUUUGGCUGCUCUGUUUGCGGGAAAGCGUUUAGUCAAAGUGGACAACUGAAGGUCCACGUUAAGACUCAUACUAGCGAGGAGCCGUUCAGCUGCUUGACAUGCGGUAAAAAAUUUUUGUUCAAGGCUUAUCUGAUACGACACAUGACCAUGCAUACUGGAGAGAAACCAUUCAGCUGCUCACUGUGCGGGAAAUCAUUUAGUGAGAAGGGGAAUUUAAAGAGUCACAUGAGAACCCACACCGGAGAGAAACCAUUCAGCUGCUCUGUCUGUAAGAAAUCUUUUACUCAGAGUGGGAGUUUGUACACACACAUGAAAACUCACACAGGAGAGGCCAGCUUCAGCUGCAGUGUCUGUGAUAAAAACUUCAGUUCGGAGAAACUUCACAGAGACCAUAAAUGUGUUGGACACCAGGCGUCAGUCGAAGACUGUGGAGGACCAGAACCAACCAGGAACUCAGAUCCAAAUAUAGAACCAGAUACUGAGGACAAGAAGCCUGAUGGGUCUUUAGUCACUGAGAUUGAAGUCAGUGUUGAUGACUGGAAGGAGACCAGAGAACCUCAGUCAGGUUUAACCUUCUGAGAGCCUGCAUCCUCUUACAAGAAUGUCACAUUUUGGGUUUAGUGGACCUUAGACUUGAUUCCGCGUAACUCAGACCUGUUGUCCUCCUUCGUGGAUGUUUUUUUGUGCCAUCUAGUGGCAGUAAGACCACAGUACAUUGGGACUUA